UCCAGAGUUUAGCACAAAGACAUCCCACACAUCUACGAUGUUUGCUCUGCUAGGGCUUUCUCGUGACCUAGUUUGCGACAUUUAUCUUUCUGCUCGCGCGUUUGUCGUCGCCCCCGACGUCUUCCUCAGGGAAGUUUUAUUUUUCCUCUUCUAGUUCCAUUUGUGGUGUUUCCUCAUCAUUUUUAUGGUUAUGGAGGCAACUCGCUUAAGAGAUCUUGGUUUUUUGUUUGGGAAAUGCUCUUCUCGGAUAUUCAAGGAUGCUUUAGCUGUUGCUUCCCAAGGAUUGCCUUCUUUCCCUAACCUCAAAAUUUCUUCGCAUAGGGGGCCGCCGGCUCUUUGGAUUUCUGAAGAGGAAAUAAAUUCGCUUGCUAUUCCAUUUGAGUUCUCUCUGAUCAUGGCAGUGGAAAUUACCCAGGUCCUUCUAAAUGCUCAAUCUGUAGAUGCUUCUGCUCGAAAGUAUGCAGAGGAAAGUCUGAACCAGUUUCAGGAUCAGAACCUUCCUAGUUUUUUUCUUGCUCUUUCUGGUGAAUUAGCAAACAAUGACAAGCCUGUGGAUAGCCGUAAAUUAGCUGGACUUAUCCUCAAAAAUACUUUGGAUGCUAAGGAGCAGCACAGGAAAAAUGAUCUAAUCCAGAGGUGGCUUUCUCUAGAUAUGUUUGUCAAGGCUCAGGUGAAAGGAUGCUUGCUGCAGACCCUUUCUUCUCCUGUAUCUGAUGCUAGAUCUACAGCUUCCCAAGUCAUUGCCAAGGUUGCAGGAAUUGAGUUGCCCCACAAGCAGUGGCCUGAACUUAUUAGCACCCUAUUAUCAAACAUUCAACAACAGCAAUCCCAUGUCAAACAGGCAACCCUUGAAACUCUUGGUUAUUUAUGUGAGGAGGUUUCUCCUGAUUUUGUUGACCAAGACCAAGUGAACAAGAUACUUACCGCAGUCGUCCAAGGUAUGAAUGCAUCUGAGGUUAAUAAUGAUGUCAGAUUGUCAGCGACCCGGGCAUUGUAUAAUGCUUUGGGAUUUGCGCAGGCAAAUUUUUCGAAUGACAUGGAACGGGAUUAUCUUAUGAGGGUGGUUUGUGAAGCUACUUUAACCCCAGAGCUUAAGAUUCGACAAGCUGCUUUUGAGUGUUUGGUUGCCAUCUCAUCUUCAUACUAUGAUAAGCUUGGUUCAUACAUGCAAGAUAUUUUUAUCAUCACUGCAAAAGCAGUGAAGGAGGAUGAGGAACCUGUUGCUCUACAGGCCAUAGAGUUCUGGAGCUCAAUUUGUGAUGAAGAGAUUGAUAUUUUGGAUGAGUAUGGCAGUGAUUUCAGUGCUGAUUCUGAUACUCCUUGCUUUUAUUUUAUAAGGCAGGCCCUGCCAGCUUUAGUUCCUAUGCUUUUGGAUACACUUCUUAAACAGGAGGAGGAUCAAGAUCUAGAUGAAGGAGCGUGGAAUAUUGCAAUGGCUGGAGGAACAUGCUUGGGUUUGGUUGCAAGGACAGUGGGAGAUGACAUAGUCCCUCUGGUGAUGCCUUUCAUUGAAGAGAACAUAAGCAAACCAGAUUGGAGGCAAAGAGAAGCAGCAACUUACGCUUUUGGUUCUAUUUUGGAAGGACCAUCGCCGGAAAAGCUGACCCCAACAAUAAAUGUUGCUCUGAACUUUAUGCUUACUGCAUUAAUAAAUGACCCAAACAAUCACGUUAAGGACACAACUGCUUGGACUGUUGGAAGAAUAUUUGAGUUUAUGCAUGGGCCUACUGUGGAGAUUCCUGUUAGAACUAUCCUUAGUGUUCUACUUCAGUGUAUGAAAGAUGUUCCUAAUGUUGCUGAGAAGGCAUGUGGUGCUCUAUAUUUCCUUGCACGAGGUUGUGAAGUUGUAGGUUCUGCAUCACCUCUUUCACCUCUCUUUGCAGACAUUAUUCAAGCUCUCCUAAGUGUGACCCACCGAGAAGAUGCCGGAGAGUCUCGUUUAAGGACUGCAGCUUAUGAAACUCUGAAUGAAGUAGUUAGAUGCGCAACAGACGAGACAACACCAAUAGUGAUGCAGCUUGUCCCAGUAAUCAUGGUGGAACUCCAUCGUACCCUCGAGGCCCAAAAGUUGACAUCAGAUGAGAGAGAGAAGCAAAAUGAACUGCAAGGUCUUCUUUGUGGGUGCCUUCAGGUCAUCAUUCAGAAGUUAGGAUCUGCUGAACCAACAAAGUAUACAUUUCUGCAAUACACCGAUCAGAUGAUGGAUCUGUUUUUAAGAGUUUUUGCUUGCCGAAAUGCCACAGUACAUGAGGAGGCAAUGCUAGCCAUUGGUGCUUUGGCGUAUGCAGCUGGGCAUAAUUUUUUGAAAUACAUGCAAGGGUUCUAUCCAUAUCUGGAAAUGGGUCUUCAAAACUUUGAGGAGUAUCAGGUUUGUGCAAUCACUGUUGGAGUUGUUGGAGAUCUUUGCAGAGCAUUGGAUGACAAGAUCCUGCCUUUCUGUGAUGGGAUCAUGACACAUCUUCUGAAGGAUCUCUCUAGCAAUCAGUUACAUCGGUCCGUGAAACCGCCAAUAUUCUCUUGUUUUGGUGAUAUUGCAUUGGCAAUAGGGGAGAACUUUGAGAAGUAUUUGAUCUAUGCCAUGCCAAUGCUUCAGAGCGCAGCAGAAUUAUCCACACUUGUAGCAGAGGCUGAUGAUGAGAUGAUUGAGUACACUAAUCAACUCAGGAAUGGCAUUCUGGAAGCUCACUCUGGUAUAUUACAAGGUUUCAAGAAUUCUCCAAAGACCCAGUUGUUGAUGCCUUAUGCGUCCAAUAUUCUCCAGUUCCUGGAUAGCUUGUACAAUGAAAAAGAUAUGGAUGACAUCGUGAUGAAGGCUGCAGUUGGCGUUCUUGGAGAUCUGGCUGAUACACUGGGUGCAAAUGCUGGUCCUUUGAUAAGCCAAUCUGUUUCAAGCAAAGACUUUUUGGAAGAAUGCUUAGCAUCAGAUGAGCAUUUGAUUAAAGAGUCUGCCCAGUGGGCUAAAUUUGCUGUCAGUCGAGCUAUAUCUGGUUGAUUGUGCCUUCAGUAACCUUAUACCAUCUUUCUGCAUAUGCAUUUUGGUCUUGUCAAAUUCUGGUUGUGGAUUGCAUACAUGUGUCAGUCAUCAUACCUUCCUCACCAUAAAUCAUUGCACAAAGCUUUUGCAUGCUGGCUUGAGUCUGGAUUCUAUUGCUAACUCAUGCUAUAAUGAAGAACUUCGCAUCGUGGUCGCUCGCCCCCCGCCCAACUCGCUUUUAAACUCCCUCUCCGAUCCGCGAGGGGGGACAUGUUUGCUAUUGAGUUUGUCCCUUGGUAUUGCCAUUGCUUUCUGCAUUCAGCUUCUUAAAGAACUCACGCAGAUGCUGGUGAUACAUGCAAGUGUCGGCUAUCCCUCAAGAGUAUGAGUAUGAGUCCAAAACCAUGGGGAUUGUUUGUAAAAAGGUGAACUUGGAGUGGGGUUGUCCGAUCAUUUGUAGCAUCAGUUCCAUGGUCAUUCACCAUUAUCUAAGUGUGGCAGUGGGCAUCCUUUUUGUCUUGCCCAAUUUUUAUUAGGUUUUUAUUCCUUUCUAGAGAAUUUUGUAUUAUUUUGCAUCAUUUAGGCUUCGUUUGGGAUGGGUGGCUUUCUUACUACUUUCUAAAUCAGCUUCCUAGUACAAAAAGUUUUAGUUCAAGAAUUUUUUGUACUAAAAAGUUAUUUUAAAAAGCAAUAAAAAAGAUGUCCUAAACGAAGCCUUAGUCAGUACGGUUUGGUCUGCAUUCAUUGUUUUCUCUUUGUUUUUGUUACACAUAGCCACGUUGCUUUUGUUAUACAUACAGGAAGGUAAUAGUGGAUAUGACUUAAAAAACUAAAGGCAUUUGUUCCUGUUUGAGAUAGCUUGUGAAGAUAUUUGCGUCAGGGUUGGUUUUUUGUCACCUAUACAAUGGUUUUUUAAUCCUUCAAAUUCUCUCUGGGGGCUGUCAUUUAAUUUCCCUUUUGUUUUCUGUUCGAGAUUUUCACCAUUUUAUACUAUUUUCUGGCAUCCGUUAGACCAUCCUUUUAUGUAGAUUUGGCAUGGGAGAAAAUCCCUAGCUUGUAGUCUUCAAUUGAAUCAAUUUUGACUUGCCCAUAUAUAUAUGUAUGAAUGAUAGAGCUUGCGCUUGUUCCUAGGCGUGGAUUCAUAAUAUCAUAUAUUUAUUAUUGAAGAACUUAUCCAAAA